AUGCGCCAGACAACAGCACGCCUCCUACAGUCGUUUCGCCCAUUAUAUCAUGAAAACCCUCUAGGCUUGCCCCGAUCUGGCACGCCGCCAACCUGGGCAAAACGUCCCCAGCGACGCAAGAUCACUGGAGUUGAAAAGGUCAUCGCCGUAUCAUCUGCCAAGGGCGGUGUUGGCAAGAGCACAGUCGCGGCCAACCUAUCCCUGGCUUUUGCCAGAUUGGGCUUCCGAGCAGGCAUUUUAGACACAGAUAUAUUUGGACCGUCGAUUCCAACACUAUUUGACUUGUCCGGAGAGCCAAGAUUAUCAAAAAAUAACCAGCUGGUUCCUCUCACGAAUUAUGGUGUCAAAACCAUGUCAAUGGGCUAUCUAGUUGGCGAGAAUGCGCCGGUUGUCUGGCGAGGACCAAUGGUGAUGAAAGCCAUUCAACAGCUACUUCACGAAGUAGACUGGGGCGGUUUGGACAUUCUGGUUCUCGACCUGCCACCUGGUACUGGUGACACACAGUUAACCAUAACCCAACAAGUCAUUUUAGAUGGUAGCCAACCUCCCGACCCCUCCUCCCUGUGGUUCGUGGGCUACGAGUCUGCUAACGUUGAUUUCCUAGGGUCUUUAAUCGUCACAACCCCUCAUACCCUGGCAACGAAAGACGCUGUCAAGGGUAUCAACAUGUUCAAGGCAGUGGAUGUGAAUAUUCUAGGUCUGGUACAGAACAUGUCACUGUUCGUAUGUCCCCAUUGCCAUGGCGAGACGAAUGUGUUUGGGUCGAAUGAAAGAGUCGAGAGGUUGUGCAAAGAUCAUGAGAUAUGCUUCCUGGGCGAUAUUCCUCUACAUCCAAACAUUGGAGACGAUGCCGAGAGAGGGAAGCCUACGGUCGUGGCCGAACCAUCAAGUGAGAGAGCAUCGGCGUUUCUACGGGUUGCUGAUAAAAUCUUGCCAAAAAUUGGCUUGGAGAGGAAUUAG